AUGGCCACUCAAGCCCACUGCGCCUACUGCUUUGAGACACUGUCUGCAAACCUAGAGAAGCGCGCGGCACUGAACCUGCGACAAGUCGAAGAGCUCUGGAACAAAUAUAACGCCGAGCCCUUUGUACCCGAUCCCAACGCGCCAGAAGACGACAUCGACGAAAACGAAGACGUUGAUGCCGCACCCACGGCAACAGACGGAUCACCAUAUCGCCCUGCUGCUAUUUCGCGCCUCCUCGCGCCUUCACCAGCAACCACCAGCUCGUCAAGCGUGCAAAGCACGAGCUCCACGCCCAGUGGCGCAAGCGAGGCCAGCUCAGCAACAAGCAAGAACAGUAGUCGCAGCAGCUUCUUCUCCUUGGGCAGACGCGCGGGGAAAGAAGAGAGCGAGACAGCGACGCCGCUAUUCGUGACGUGGAAUGUGGUACAUAGAUCGAAUGGAACGAGACUGAAGGAGAAGAGAUUACGAGGCUGCAUCGGGACCUUUGAGGCGCAGGAACUCGACAGGGGACUGCGCCAGUAUGCUAUCAUAUCCGCCCUCGAAGACACCCGCUUCAACCCGAUCUCCAAAUCCGAGCUCCCCACCCUCGAAUGCGGCGUCACGCUCCUCACAAACUUUGAGCCCGUCUCCGACCCGCUCGACUGGACCGUCGGCACGCACGGCCUGCGCAUUUCAUUCACGUACCACGGCCGCCGCUACGGCUCCACGUACCUGCCCGACGUCGCAAAGGAGCAAGGUUGGACGAAGGAAGAGACGCUGGUGAGCUUGAUGCGGAAGGCGGGGUGGAGCGGGCGCAAAGAGGAUUGGAGUAAGGUCGAGUUGAGCGUUGUGAGGUAUCAGGGGAGGCAAGUGAGGUUGGAGUAUCGGGACUGGGAGGAGUGGAGGGCGUGGGUUGAGGGGGAUGGAGGAGUAAAGGUGGGUUGGGAGUCUCAGAUACGUUGGAAGAGACGGAAGUGA